CCAGACCUCUUCGUCUUCCACGAACCACCAUCCCGUCCUUAGGCCUCAUGUUGUACAUCGCCUCGAACUGCCAAUGAAUGCCCGCACAGGCUCUCUCCCAUCAUAUGUGUUCUGUUCGCCAAAGCAGUCUCGGAUUUAUGCCGAACGCACUGAGAAAGGCAGUUGGGCGCUUCUCCCAACUGAAGUCGAGUGGAGGAACAGACAGGUAUAUCUGGAGGAACGUGGAUACAUGCUUAGACCUCGCUAUCACCAAUCGUGGUCUCCAUCAUGGCUAGGUACCAAUCUUGACCCUGAUUUCUGCGAGGAUUCAAUUUUAUCAAUGGUGCUAUGACCAUGUUCUUGACGCUACUAGGAGCUGUGACGGCUGUUUAGUUCUCAUUAAAGUUGUCGACAAUGGAGGUGAUGAGAUUGAAACUGCGCGCUACCUUUCGUCGCCGGAGCUUGUCCGAAACCCUGCCAAUCAUUGCGUGCCUAUCAUGGACUUUUUCCUCGACCCUCUGAACAGUUCUCAGACGCUCAUGGUCAUGCCCUACCUUCGCCCUUUUGAUGAUCCUGAGUUUGGUACUAUAGGAGAAGUUGUAGAUUUUCUAAAGCAAACUUUGGAGGGAUUAUUCUUUAUGCAUUCGCAUGGCGUAGCACAUCGAGACUGCGCUGCUGGCAAUAUAAUGAUGGACGGGCGGCCUCUUUAUCCCCAUGGACACCAUCCAGUUAGGUUGGACUAUGCUCCAGAUGCUAUUCACGAUGUGCAUCCUCUAUCCCGCAUAGACAACCCCGUGAAAUAUUACUUUAUCGAUUUCGGUAUCUCGUCGAGGUUCCGCGAUGGAGAAGCUCCAUAUGUACUCGGUACGGAGGGCCGCGACAAGGAUCCCCCUGAACUUUCACUGCACACUCCCUACAAUGCAUUCAUGUUAGAUAUGUAUGUCCUCGGUAACGUAUACCAAAAGGAAUUCUUGGAUAAAUAUCACGGACUUGAAUUUCUACAACCUUUAGUCUCCUCGAUGUUACAAGAUCAGCCGGAAGGGAGACCAACUGCGGAAGCUGCAAACAUGGCCUUUCAAAAAAUUCGAUUGAGUCUAAAUGAUUCAAUUCUACGCUGGAGACUUCGUUCGCGUUUCGAGUCUGCUCCAGAGCGAGUCGUGUAUGAUACGCUUGCUGUAGCAAAGGAGGGGAUAUAUCAUCUAAAGCGUUUACUUAAAUAACUUAUGGUCGAUUUAAUUAUAUAGUUCUAUUGUUGAAUAAAGAAGAUGCGAGAGCUUUCUUGCGCGCCGAUGGGGUAGUGGUAACCUGGGUCGUUGCCAUUUAUGCAAUAUCGACCCGCCGGGGGUUCAAUUCCCCCUCGGCGCAUGAAAAGAAAGUCGAUUCAGGUUUUUAACUGGCAUACCGAGCGCCUUUCAACUUUCAAGUUCAAAUGCAUUUACCUAAAGUCAAUGUACGUACGUCAACCCCGAAGGCCUGAAAUUUGAAACCGUGCAUCAGAUGCAUUCUCCUGCGUGGGUUCAGGCAGGAAAAUGAUAUGCAGACCCGCUACAGCCAAAACUACUAUGACACAACUCCUCGAAAGUAUACAAUAACAAGUCCAUAAGUAUCUCUCUCUCAGGGUCCAAAUCUCCCUCCCUACUUUACCAACUCGCCUAAUCCAUAACCAUAUCCUGGUAUCUAUCUCUUCAGACAUUCUUAUGUGGACUAUACCCAUAGGGAUCCUCCUCGAAGUUGUACUUCUGGCCUGAACCCAUAUCCUUCAUCGGCGUAGCAGACGUUGGAUUGUUCAAGUUCGCGUAGGACGUUUGCGGGUGUUGUCCAGCUGUGUUGAUACCCAUAGCGGAGGCUUUCUUGGCAUUACGACGUUUACGGGCAACACAGCAGCGCCAGAUGAUGAGACCAAUGACGAUGAGGACGAAAGCGAAACACCCGACGAAGAUGUAGGGCCAUCGACUGAGGACUUUCUCUUCGUAG